AUGGUCAAUGCGUGUCUGAUCACUCUGACGGAGUUCUGCCAGGGCCCGUGCACAGCCAAUCAGGACGCGAUCAUCACACACGAGAGUCACUGCAUCGAUGUCAUUGGGUCGUUGAUCACUUCCGAUGCUGGGUUGAUGGUCAAGGGCCGCUUUGAUUUGGUGCUGAGUUUGAAG